AUGAAGGUGACCAAGAGAGUAAGCCCUAUGCUGUUAUUAGAAACGUUUCUUCGCUUAGAACGAACACCGGUACUGGAUGGACGUCGAACGCUCAGGCAAAUAACCGUCGUGGCGCAACUUCCAAAUGUACCGGCUGCACCAGCUAAUGGUGGUCAGACGAACAAUCAAUUUGUUCUUAUUACCCUUUCGGCCCUUGGUUCAGGGACUUUCUCACACAGCCUAAGGACGGCCACAUGGAUGGACCGGUAG